AACUACAGAGUCUUGUCUCUCUCUCUCUCUCUCUCUCAGCUCAAACAUCAAUGGCGGAAGCUUCAGAUUCUCCGCUCGUACUCCUUCACCGACCACCGUCUCUGACUUUCAUGGACGAGAUUCUCAAUCGCAACUUCCGAAUCCUCAACGCUGACACUUCAUCGGAACCACUCCCGAUCUUCCUCGACCGUCACGCCUCCUCGGUAAGGGCUUUCGUCGUCGUCGGCAGACUCCCUAUAACCGCCGAGAUCCUCUCUCAUCUCCCUUCUCUCCAGAUACUCAUCUGUACAAGCGUCGGCAUCAACCACGUCGACCUCGCUGAGUGCAUGCGUCGCGGCAUCGCUGUAACGAACGCUCGCAACGCUUUUUCCGAUGACGUCGCGGAUUUCGCCGUCGGGUUGCUUCUAAGCGUCCUCCGUCGUAUCCCGACCGGCGAUCGAUAUGUUCGGUCUGGUGAUUGGGAGAAGUUGGGGGGAUUCCCACUAGGGUCCAAGGUAAGUGGCAAGCGAGUUGGGAUAGUUGGAUUUGGGAGCAUUGGUUCUGUUAUCGCUAAAAGACUUGAGGGCUUUGACUGCGUCAUCUCUUACAACUCGAGGAGUGAGAAACCGAGUAUUCCAUACCGGUACUUCCCCGACAUUCUCUCCUUAGCAGCCAACAACGAUGUUCUCGUCCUCUGCUGCAGUCUGACAGAGCAAACGCACCACAUUGUGAACAGAGAAGUUAUGGAGUCACUUGGUAAAGAUGGGGUUAUCAUCAAUGUGGGACGAGGGUCGUUGAUUGAUGAGAAGGAGAUGAUCAAGUGUCUAGUCGAUGGUGUGAUUGGUGGUGCUGGUUUAGAUGUGUUUGAGAACGAACCGGCAGUUCCUGAGGAGUUGUUACGUUUGGACAAUGUUGUCUUGUCUCCACAUUCUGCUGUGGCCACGCAAGGGUCUUUGGACAAUGUUACAGAGAUCACUCUUGCUAACUUGAAGGCGUUCUUCUCGAACCAGCCUUUGCUUUUCCAGGUUCAGUUUGAUUGAGGGAGCGUCCGGUUUAAUCAAAGUGGCUCUUCUUUUUUUUGGACAAACUGGCAGUGGCUAAUUUAUCAAUCUGUUGUUUAUUAAUCAAAUAAUAAUUCGAUAAACAGAGGAAAGUCUGUAUUCAUGCGACAUGCUUUGGCUUUGUAGUAAAUUAGUGUUUCCAUCUCGUGCA